UGCGCAUGGCGCGCAUUUUUAAAUCGUUUUAUUUUGAUUCGAAAUAUUGAUUCUUUUAAAACAUGAUCUAUAGAAAUAGAAGAUAAUAUCAGCCUGAUCGAUUCUCACGUUUCCAUGGAAUCCUACGCUAUGGUGUAUAGAUAGCAUUGUUUGCGAAUAAGUACUUGAUCAAAAAUUAGAUGAAAAAAGUUACGUGUAUAAAGUAACGAUAGAAAAAUGAAAGCAAGCGACACGGACAAUUCUCAGCGACCAAGUUCUAGGCCACAGAGUGUAUCAUCGUCAAAAUUUAGAUUGCAAGUUGGUUCUAAGGGUCGUAAAUAUGGUAAAAAUAUAGCAUCAGCAUUAUUGCAACAACGUAUGGCACUUCGACUUUAUGAAGAUGACGUCGAUGUCACACCGAAACCUUUGACACACCCUAUGUUUAAUCUAAUCGAUGAUCGCCAAAUGACUGCUUUUGAACAAAUCGCUUUUUCUCAAGCUGAAAGCAACGUCCAAUUGAGUUUCUUAUCUUCCUCGUUACAUUUGGGCCUUAAAUCCAGUUCUUCCAUAGUAUCUCGAUCAUCCUUGUAUAUUACUGACGAUAUGCAAGUGGAGAGUCUUUUGUCCACUCAGUUUGUUGGUAUUAUAGAUGAUACUGAAGAGAAAGCACCGCCUCAAUUCUAUCUGCCCAGUCAUGAUCCAGAUGUCUUUUACACUCGACCAGAAACAGUUAUGAUUAUAUUAAAAGAAACAGAAACUAUCAUCUUCUUUGAGAUGCUUCCCUUGACGAGUGAUCUCCGUACACCCGAAGGUCAGGCAGUCAGAGAGAGCAAUGAAAGAUACAACCGUUUGAUAUCAGCUCCUGCAACUGUUAGAAAAGCAACUGACGCUGAAACCCAAACAAUUGGGAUUAUCAAAAAAUCGCGUGGAACUUAUCUCGAAGAAAGGAGUCGACAAAAUCAAGGAAUGUUUGUUAAUAAUUGGGUUAUACAUGACACGUAUAAGGAAUCGGAAUUAUUGAUGGAGAAGAAUAAUCUUUUAAUUGUUCGUACUAGGGAUAGUUAUCAAAGAAUGUUGGAAACACAGGAAAUGGAAGAUAAAUUGCCCAAGUAUGACAUGGCUCUUCAAGUUAAACGUUCCUCUGAACAAUUAGCUCACAUAGUAUAUAAUACUGGGUUUCUGAACGCUGUUCGGGUUAUGGAACGAAUAUUAUCCAACAACGUUUACCUUGCUGCUCAAAAACGUUUCACUGGAAUCGUUCAACAAGAUCCGUGUAGUCUCGAUUUAGAAUUUACGUACGAUCUUGAUCUCCUGUGGACUUAUACUUGCAAUUUAAGUAAAGAUCGGUCAGUUUCUUCAUUUAGUUGGAAUUACUCUAACAGAAACAUCAUUGCUGUGUCGUAUGGCUCAAAACCAGGUAAUGAUAAAAAAGAUGGUCUUUUGUUAUUGUGGUGUGCAAAGAAUCCAAAAGAACCAGGACAAAUGUAUCACUUUGACAGUCAAAUUUCCGACAUCGAUUGGAGUCACGAUCGACCAAAUUUACUUGCUAUUGGUUUUUACAAUGGUUCGAUCAAAGUUAUUGACGUUAGCAGUACUUCUAUUAACAUAAUACGACAAAGCAAUAGUGACACCUCAUCUGUAUAUGAACCCCAUUGGCAAGUACAAUGGUGGGAAAGUGACGAACAUUUUGAUUUUCAGGAAUUAAUUUAUACGAGUAAUCAAAAUGGUUGUGUAUAUCGUUACCCGAUGGACGAAAAUUUCGUAAUGACCGAGAUGAUGAAAAUUUCCAAGAUAGAAGAUAAAAUACCAGGAGUUAAAAGAUCCGAUCAAUGUAUCGAGUACGAUAUUCUAAUAAGUCAAAAUCCAGGUGUUCUCGUUCUUUGCAGACAUCCAACUUUACAUGCCAUUUAUUUUGUUGGUUCAGACGAGGGUGCGAUAUAUCGAUGCUCUACAAAUUAUUUGUAUCAACACAUCGAUAGUUUUCUAGCACACGAUGGCCCAAUCUACAGAAUGGAAUUUUCUCCUUUUUGUUCUAAACUCUUUUUGACUUGCGGAGCCGAUUGGUGUACGAGGAUUUGGAUAGAAGAAUUAACCGAACCUUUGAUCACCCUUUCAACAACGACGGCAUGUGUUCCAUACGCAACCUGGUGUCCCACGUAUUCAACCAUAAUCGCUAGCAUCGUUAACAACGAGAUUUGCAUAUGGAAUAUUAAAAGGAGAACUUAUGCUCCAGCAUCUGUAACACGUUCACCAAACGAAGCAAGACUAGUAAAAGUCGAGUUCAGUGCUAAUGCUAAACAGAUGGUAACUGCGGAUGUUCAAGGUGCUGUAUAUAUUUAUAAUUUAGAAAGUAUGCCAUUUCCGCCUUACAAUCAGGAAGAAGUUUUAAUCGAAUCUAUCGAGAAGGCAUUGCUUACCAAACCUGAAUUGUUGAGGAAACUUCGAAAAACUGGCCCACCAUUCUCGGACAAUUAAUUGUCAUACAGAAGUACAAUAAAAGAAAACAAUAUAACGGUAACUUAUGCAUACCUAAUUUCUAUAAUAAUAUUUAAGGAAGAUUAUAAUGAAAGAGAUCUACUUUACCAACUGUAUAAGAGAUCAGAAAACAAUAAGAAGUGGGGAUAAGAAGGUGGUAGUCGAGGGACCUGACGGAGUUCCCUCGGGCGUCUUCGCUCGAGGGCUUCGCGUGAUUCGUUCGAAGGUAAGAGAGCAAAGGGAGAGAAAGGUACGGAUUCAACCGUGCGUCUCGACAAGCUGGCUCCGCAGGCUCUGGCUCUGCAGGCUCUGGCUCUGUACAGGCACAACCAACCUGUGUAUAGGUCUCUUGGUCUGGCUGGCUGGCUGGCUGGCUGGCUGGCUGGCUGGCCGGCUGGCUGGCUGGCUGGCUGGCAGGCACCAAAGGAGUCGCCAGAAGAGUGUGCCGUAGUGAGGAGAGUGAGAGAAAGAAAGAAAGAAAGAAAGAGAGGAAGGGAUAGAGAGGGGCUUCCCUCUUGGUUGCUUGCUGCCGCAGCUCGCGGGCACGAACUGCGCUACCGCCGUCAGCAGGCAGUCUUAUUACGCCCGCACUCAACUACGCGAACUAAGUACUCUUCUUCUUAGAGAUCCCGAAAACACACGAGUUUAUAUUUUCGGCUUUUCGGUACGGUUAUAUUUUUUUUCUUUUCUCAUCUUUUUACAUUUUUACAACUCGAUUUAUAUGGUUCCGAUCGAUGGACUUUCUAUGAUCUUUAACUAGAAUAGUGUGAAUUGAUGGAAAGGUAACCGAGGAUAAUACGGCUUUUGAUUGGUCGAUUGGAUGGUCCAAGGUAAUCCUUGUAUGAUUAUUUCUUUUUUUCCUUUUGAAUUUGUUGCUUAUUCAA